AUGGAUUAAAAUUAAAACAUCAGUCGUUGUACUCUAAUGAUAAAUGAUAAUCAGAGCGAAUCUAAUAACAAUAUUGAUCAUUCGAUUAUUGGAAUAGACGAAACGAUUACCAAGAAGGUAGAUUUAACUAAGAAUAUGAAAUAAAAAACAAAGUUUGAUCAAGCAGAAAUCAAUGUCUCAUUUCAAAAUUUGUAAAGUAAUCAAACUAGCUCCAUUUCUCCAAAGCAGAAAUCCUUUUCAAAGUUAUUGAUUUAUUUUCAUUCAACCAAAUACGCCAACAAAAUGUUGCAAUUUAUUAGACCCAAUCAGAAAUUUCAAAGGAAGCAUUUUGCAAUCAUUGAUGAUCCUGCAUCAUCAUAUAAGUAUAUGAAGAAAACAACAAACAUCACUACAAACAUAGUCAGAUAACACUUAUAUUUGAUUUGA